AUGACACCGGUCCUGCCAAGAGUCCGCGCAACUCAACUCCCAGGAGUGGUUGCUUGGACACGUCGAAGCUUCGCCUCGCAGACCCCGGGAUCUCCUGUCUUUGAGGUCUUCAACAGGCGAUCGAAAUGGCUGCAGAAGGAGAGGGCUGCAGCUGAUGUCGAGGGGAGCCGGCAGGCCGACUACCUCAAGGACGAGGUGGCCAUCAGGCUCUGCGAGCGACUCCUGGAUAUCAAGCGGCACUUCCCUCGCGCCCUCGACCUCGGCGCGAAUACCUGCAGCGUCGCCCGCGCCCUCACCCGCGAGAAUCCGGACCCGGACCCGGCGAAGCCCACCUCCCCGCCGCUCGCAGAGCGCAUCAGCGAGCUGGUCGCCGCCGACUCGUCGCACUCGCAGCUGUACCGCGACGCGGACCUGCCCUUCAACGAUCACCUGGCCAUCACGCGGCAGGUCCUGGACGACGAGGAGAGCCUGCCGUUCGAGCCGGCGUCCUUCGACCUGGUUCUGAGCAGCCUCAGCCUGCACUGGAUCAACGACCUCCCCGGCGUGCUCUCGCAGAUCAACCACGUCCUCAAGCCGGACUGCCCCUUCAUGGGCGCCAUGCUCGGCGGGGACACGCUCUUCGAGCUGCGGACGUCGCUGCAGCUGGCCGAGCAGGACCGCAGGGGCGGCAUGUCCCCCCGCGUGUCCCCGCUCGCUGACGUGCGGGACGUCGGCGGCCUGCUGCAGAAGGCCGGCUUCAAGAUGCUGACCGUCGACGUGGACGACAUCAUCGUCGACUACCCCAGCACCUUCGAGCUAAUGCAGGACCUGCAGCUCAUGGGCGAGGGCAACGCCGUCCUGGGCCGGGAGCCGGGAGCCAUCGGCAGGGACGUCCUCCUCGCGAACGAGGCGAUCUACCGUGAGCUCCACGGGAACGAGAAUGGGACGAUACCUGCGACCUUCAGGAUAAUCUACAUGAUUGGGUGGCACGACUCUCCUAAUCAGGCUGAGCCUCUCGCUCGGGGCAGUGCGGAGAUCAACCUCAAGGACAUACUUGAGAAAAAAUAA